AACAAGUAGAAACUCGUACCGGCCAAACUUAUUUUACUACUGUGAGUUUUAUUCCUUAAUUGGUAAAACAACUGAUCAAAUUUGCUGUGGUUUUGAACAUUGUGUCGUGACACUGUGGUCUACAGUACUUAUAAGAUGCCUAGACAAAGCGUAUUAUCUCCAUCUUCGAAGAAGAAACAAAAGACGUGGGACCCUGAACAAAUGAAAAAAGCAAUCGAUGCAGUGAGGCACAAGGUCAUGGGAUAUAAAAAAGCUGAAAAAUUGUUUUCGGUGCCUAGAUCUACACUGAAACGGUUAGUGAAGGAUCCACAAAAGUCUUUAGAUUUACUUGUACAUAAACCUCUUGGUCGAAAACCUAUACUACCACUUAGCUUGGAAGAAAAGUUAGUGGAUUAUAUUUUGUUUAUGGAGGCUAGGUACUAUGGACUCACUAGGAUGGAUGUUAGAAAAAUGGCUUAUCAGCUGGCGGUGAAAAAUAAUAUUCAGAAUACAUUCAAGAAUGAUGUAGCAGGGCGAGCUUGGUUGGAUCACUUUUUAAGGCGACACAAAGAUAAAUUAUCGUUGCGCAGACCAAUGGGGACAUCAUAUGCUCGUGCUAAUGGCUUUAACCGUGAAGCAGUCAAGGAGUUUUUCAAUAUUUUGGAAGCCGAAAUGAGUAAAACGAAUUAUCCUCCCGACAGAAUUUUCAAUGUCGAUGAAACUGGGUUGACUAUCGUGCAAUCAAAAGUACCACAAGUGUUAGGGAAAAAGGGGAAAAGGCAGAUAGGAGCCUUAACUGCUGCUGAAUGA